CAAUCAAACCAUUAAAUUAGUCCGCCCCAGUCGUCUUUUCAUUUUAUUUUCCACUUCACCACAAGCCCACCAAUCCUUACCAUCUCAGCCAUUCAUUCCUCUUAAUUCCCAGAUCCCAAUCCCAUCAUGUCACCCAACCAUCCCCUCCUCCUCACAACAGUACUCCUCCUCCUCCUCAUCACAUCCGCCGCCGCAAAGCCCCCACCGCCGACGCCGCUGGUCCAGCGCAUCUGCAAGACAACCGCCGACUACCCCUUGUGCGUGGAGGCGCUGUACGCCGACGACCGGACCCCAGAAGCCGACCGCUACGUGAUGGCGUUCAUCUCCGUGGGCCUGGCCUACACCAACGCCACGGGGACCCGGUCCUACAUCUCGGGCCUCGCCAAGGACCACACGAGCCGGGUCGACCGGAUGCGGCUGGACCGGUGCGGAUCCGACUACGACGCCGCCAUCUCCCGCCUCGAGAUCGCCUACAACGACUUGAACUCCGAGACCUACUUCGGCCUCGCCAGCCUGUCCGGGGAGGCGGCGCGGAACGCCACCGACUGCCAGGCUGUCUUCUCCAAGUCCACGUGGCGGCCCCUGGGGAACCGGAACCAGGUCUUGCUGGUUUUGUGCCAGGUUAUUGCUUACAUUGGCAAGUCCUUCACCGGCGGGGGAGAUUAGCGGGGGGUGGAGAAAUUCAUGUACGUAAUUACGAUGAGGAGGCUUAAUUAAGUUGAUUCAUCUAAUUAAUUCAUAAUAAAUAAAUGCUCUGGGGUUACGUUACGAUAUGAGUUGGAUGGAUGAGGACGCCCGCGAUUACUGUGGAUGCCAAAGUCGUUUGACUGUCUUUUAGCGACAAUGAAAGAAUUAAAUGAUGAAUGAAGACAAAUUAUGGCA